AUGAAAGUACUCAGGAAUAAACUCGCAAUAGAAAAAACGGAAAUCACCAAACUGGAGAAUACAAACGGCCAGAUCACUACAAAUAAACAAGAAAUCCUGGAAAUUGUAAAAGACUUUUACUCAAACUUAUAUGGUAGAAAUGAACAGCCAGUAGAGAACACUUUCUGUACCAUUCCUCGAAUUUUAAACCAGGGGUCGGAAGAUUUACCUAAGAUAACCACAGGAGAAGUUUUGAAAUCACUAUCAGAUAUGAAGAACAGUAAAGCACCAGGGGAGGAUGAUAUUGUGAUUGAGGCAGUCAAGGAAGGUGGAGAUAUGUUACUAAAAGCUUUUGGAACUCUGGACUUCUAUCAACCUCCGGAACAGGCAGGGUUCCGAUGUGGAUAUGGAACCAACAACCACCUACAGGUUAUUAAAACCCUGAUAGAGAAAUCUGUCGAAUAUAACAAGCCACUCGUGCUAGUGUUUGUGGAUUAUGAAAAAGCGUUUGACUCCAUCAAACACAACGAGAUGUUUAGGUGUAAAGCGCUUGCUGACUGUAGAGUGGACUACAGGUACUCUGCUAUCCUGCAACAUAUUUACAAACAUGCAACAGCAAGUAAUACCGAAUUAGAAGGACUGGGCAUCAAUGUAGACGGCGAAAAUCUAAACCAUCUUCGGUUUGCUGACGACAUUGUGUUGAUCACAGACUGCUUGGGCAAGGCAGGAGAAAUGCUGUUGAAGUUGACGUCGGCUUCGCAUAAAGUUGGCCUCAAAAUCAACGACGGCAAAACACAGUUCAUGACAAAUCUGGUCCCCAGCCGAAACAUACUACUUGAAGGAAAAGAGAUCCUCCAAGUCACAUCCUACAAAUAUCUAGGAUAUGAAAUUAGAGUCGGUAGGGAUAAUCAGACCUGUGAGAUUGAGCGGAGAAUUAGACUGACCUGGGCUGCUUAUGGUAAGCUCAAACAUAUUUUUAAAUCAGAAAUCCCCAUAUGCUUCAAACGUAAAGUUUUUGAUCAGAGCAUCUUGCCAGUCUUGACUUAUGAUUCGGAGACCUCAACGUUGACGUUGAGAACAGCAAACAGAGUAAGAGUUGCGCAACGUGCCAUGGAACGGUCUAUGCUGGGAAUCACAAUGAGAGAUAGAGUCCCAACCCACACGGAACAAAAACCUCUAAUGGAUGUCCAGUAG